CUCACAAAGCAGGCUCGGGAGUGUGGACGGACGCGCGCGCACAGGAGCAUUGGCGGGGUGUUGCGUUUGGAGCAACACAGAAGGGCUUAUGAAGAAGAAUGAACGACAGCCACCAGGAACUGCCACCAGAUGUACGGGAAACCGGGUUUGGGAGUCCUGCCCUGUCCAAACAGAGGAGGAGGAUCGUCCACUUCUCCAGCGGUGAAACUCUGGAGCAGGAGGAAGAAGAAGAGGAGGAAGAGGAAGAGGAGCCAUCAUCAAACAAGCCUCCCUUCAGUGAACCUGCAGAGAAGACUAGAUUGUCGUUCAAGAAUGUGGCCCUUCUGGUUGGAAGGAUUUCCCUUUUGGCCUGUGAUUUCCUUGGAGAGAGACUAGCUGGCGCACUAGGACUGAAUGCAGCCAAAUACCAGUUUGCCAUAGAUCGAUAUCACCGGGACCACAAGACAACCAGCAGCCAGACCCAGGACAACCACGUGGAAGGGCAGGCAGAGACCAUCCACCUCGACCCCGGACCGGGUCGGGGUCUUUACGGAGCGACGGGAGAAGCAGGGCACCUCACCCCGGCGAGCUGUGAUGUGAAACAUGUGGACAGAAGUGAAGGACGUCACAACGCAGCCUAUCAAGCAGAAGAGGAGUAAUUUAAAUAAAACAGAAAAAAGCAAAGAUA